UUUUUAGAGUUGUCUUUUGCUCUCGAGAAAGAGAUAUGCGUUGCUGUCAGUUCACCGGAGAGAACGGUGCAUUUCCAACCACCCGUUUAGUUGAAUUGACGAAAACGCCCUCUACACGAGAAGACAGUUGAGCCACUCAUUCUUGACUCUUCUGUUAAAUUGAUAAAAACGACAUUAACGGUUUAAUGGAAUCACUUCUCCAUCCACAACACACUCUUCAGUUCAGUCUUCACCUCUCUCUCUCUCUCUUUCUCUCUCUCUCUCUCUCUCUCUCUCCAUGAUCACCUGCAAGGCUUCAAGCUUCAGUUUCAAUUACUUCGCUCUCCAACCCACCUGCUCAAGAAACUAUAGAAAUCUAGGGUUUCUAACCGGGCAGACUUCUCGGCGCGACGGCUGCAGAGUUUUCUUUUCGCUCCACGGACAGAAGAACAACCCCAGGAGUAAUUCUACGAGGGAUAGUAAAUGGAGAGAUGAUGAGGAUGAUGAUGAAGACGAAACUCGUAAGGUGCAUUGCGAAGUAGAUGUCAUCUCGUGGAGGGAACGGAGAAUCAGAGCAACGGUUUUGGUUUAUGCCGAUAUUGAAUCUGUCUGGAACGCUCUAACUGAUUACGAGAGGCUUUCUGAUUUUAUUCCGAAUCUCAUUAGCAGUGGGAGAAUUCCUUGCCCAUAUCCAGGGCGCAUAUGGUUAGAGCAGCAAGGCUUUCAACGAGCAUUGUAUUGGCAUAUAGAAGCUCGUGUUGUCUUGGAUCUUCAAGAAGUCAUAAAUUCAACUAAUGGCCGCGAACUACAUUUCUCCAUGGUUGAUGGGGACUUCAAGAAGUUUGAAGGAAAAUGGUCCUUAAAAUCAGGCAAAAGGUCUUCAACAACUAUUUUAUCUUAUGAAGUUAGUGUGAUACCACGUUUCAACUUCCCAGCCAUUUUCUUGGAAAGGAUUAUCAGAUCAGAUCUUCCUGUGAACCUUCAAGCCUUGGCUUGUAGAGUGGAAAGAAAUUCUGAAUGGAAUCAAGAGGCAAUGAUCAUGGGAAGAACCUUGAAUGGAACUUCUAAGGCUGUCCUUCCCUCACCUACAAUGGACUUGUCAAGUGGAUUAUAUGAGAAAGACAAACUGUUCCCCAGUGGGUCGAAGGAGAACCAUUCAAGUUCUAAUUUUGGUCCCUUGCCUCCUUCCACUAAGUUCAACAGUAACUGGGGUGUAUUUGGAAAACUUUGCAGACUUGAUAGGCCUUGCUUGGUAGAUGAAGUUCAUCUUCGUAGAUUUGAUGGUCUAUUGGAAAAUGGAGGUGUUCAUCGUUGUGUUGUUGCCAGUAUUACUGUGAAGGCACCUGUUCGUGAAGUAUGGAAUGUUUUGACCGCUUAUGAAGCUCUUCCCGAGGUUGUUCCAAAUUUGGCUAUCAGUAAGAUUUUAUCACGAGAAAAUAACAAGGUCCGGAUACUUCAGGAAGGAUGCAAGGGCCUACUGUAUAUGGCACUUCAUGCACGUGUUGUUUUGGAUUUGUGUGAACAUCUUGAAGAAGAAAUUAGUUUUGAGCAGGUGGAGGGGGAUUUUGAUUCAUUUCGGGGAAAGUGGAUUUUGGAGCAACUUGGGAAUCAUCAUACAUUACUGAAGUAUACUGUGGAAUCAAAGAUGCACAAAGAUUCCUUUCUUUCAGAAGCUAUUAUGGAAGAGGUUAUAUAUGAAGACCUCCCAUCAAACCUUUGUGCCAUUCGAGAUUUUGUUGAAAAACAGAUGGCACCGAAUUUGGAAGAAGAACAUACAGAGGGACAAGUCAUUCUAUCUGGAAACAAUAAGGAUGUGGAUUAUGGUAAAAAACCUGAACAGGUUUCUUUCAGUAGUCAAAAUCCAUUGAGACAAAGACCAAGAGUUCCAGGACUACAGAGAGAUGUUGAAGUUCUUAAAGCUGAACUCCUGACCUUUAUUUCUGAGCAUGGUCAGGAAGGGUUCAUGCCUAUGAGAAAGCAACUCCGAUUGCAUGGUAGGGUGGAUAUUGAGAAGGCAAUUACACGCAUGGGUGGAUUCAGAAAGAUUGCUUCACUGAUGAACCUUUCCCUUGCUUAUAAACACCGCAAACCAAAGGGCUAUUGGGACAACCUUGAGAAUUUGCAAGAGGAGAUAAGUCGAUUCCAAAGAAACUGGGGAAUGGAUCCUUGUUAUAUGCCCAGUAGGAAAUCUUUUGAGAGAGCAGGCCGCUAUGACAUUGCACGUGCAUUGGAAAAAUGGGGGGGCCUCCAUGAAGUUUCUCGCCUCCUAUCACUCAAGGUGAGGCACCCAACAAGACAGGCAAAAGUAGAAAAAGAAAAGAAAAAUGAUAGUAUAGUAUUGAAUGAUAAAGAGGUUGAAGAUAAAGUACCAUAUAAACCUUGUGUUUCUCAAGAUACUCAGAAGUGGCUCUCGAAACUCAAAUAUUUAGACAUUAAUUGGAUGGAAUAAAAAUAUAAAUUUUUUAGUAUAAUUGCGAAAAUAAUUUGCCUAUAUCCAUGUUAAUGUACAUUACAAGAAUGUUAUUGGUCUUAAUUUUCUACAGUGAGGGUGAUAUCCUUGCUAGGUUGGACCCCAUGUUUGUCUGGCAGAAGAUUUCGACAAACUCAUAGAUGCAAUCCCAGAGAUUCCUCCUUUCCAUGUUAGUUGGAGUAUAUACAGAAAUGAUAAUUCGUUUAUGAUGCUGUGGAAAAUUAAAUAUCUUAUCAAUAAUCCAGUUAUUGUCAGAGGCAAUUACUUGCAGAUCAAUGGAGUUGUCCCAAGACAGAAAUAGCCCCACUUGAAAGACCUUGAGCUGCCACCCAAUGAAAAUUAGAGAAACCAAUGUUGCAUACCAAAAUCUUAUGUUUAGAGUCUGAGCAUUUUGUUUUUCUUUGAAAAAACAGAUUUGAGGUCAUGUAGCUUUGAGAAGUGCUUUUAGGUGAUAGACUGUCACGGCACUUUCCAUCAGUGUUUUAAA